UUAUAUGAAUAUUGUUAAAUAGAAACAUGUUUAGUAUGCCUAACAUUAGCCUAUAGACCUGUUAUUCAGAUUCAUCAACUUCUCUCCAAUCAAUUACAUUAAGGCUUUAGGCCUAUUAGCUGUUGAUUGCAGCUGAACCAUAUACAUGACCGUGUAAGUUCUUGAACCUUAUCUCCGAGCUCCAGCCAUCUACCCAUUUGUGCUUGUGUAGUGUGGGAGGGAGUAGGCGUGUGCCUGCAUGGGGGGUUUUCCGCUGCAGUCACGAUCGAGACUCCUCUGCACCAUCUGUGUCACAUUCGGCCUCCAACUGCAACCUCAUCAUUUCCACAGGAUGUUCUCGUCUGUGAAGGCCUUCGAGGGGCAGCAGUACUCCACCCUGAAGAGGCAGUGCCUUGCCAGCGGCCUGCUUUUCGAGGACCUGCGCUUCCCCGCAGUGGAUGACACCCUCUUUUACCAGGGCAACAGGAUCGGACGUGUGCACUGGAAGAGACCCCGGGAGCUCUGUGAGGACCCUCACCUGUUUGUGGAUGGGAUCAGUGCGCACGACCUGCACCAGGGCCAGCUGGGAAACUGCUGGUUUGUGGCGGCGUGCUCCAGCCUGGCCUCCAGAGAGUCCCUGUGGUCCAAAGUCAUCCCAGACUGGAAGGAGCAGGAGUGGGACACAGAGACGCCUGAGUCAUAUGCCGGAAUCUUCCACUUCCGCUUCUGGCGCUUUGGCGAGUGGGUGGACGUGGUGAUUGACGACCGGCUGCCCACGGUGGACAACCAGCUGGUCUACUGCCACUCAGAUGACAGUAACGAGUUCUGGAGCGCACUGGUGGAGAAGGCCUAUGCGAAAGUAUACGGCUGCUACGAGGCCCUGGACGGUGGGAAUACGGCGGAUGCACUGGUGGACUUCACGGGGGGUGUGUCGGAGCCUAUGGACCUGCUGGAGAGCCAGAUGGCCACGGACGAGGUGGCCCGCAACCAGCUGUUUGAGAGAGUACUGAAGGUCCACAACCGGGAUGGCCUCAUCAGCUGUUCCAUCCGGGCAACCACUGUGGAGGACAUGGAGGCGCGGCUGGACUGCGGCCUGGUUAAAGGUCACGCAUACGCGGUGACGGAUGUGAAGAAGGUGCGUCUGGGCCAGGGCCUGCUGGCCUUCUUCAAGUCAGAGAAGCUCAACAUGAUCCGCAUGAGGAACCCUUGGGGAGAGAAGGAGUGGAGUGGGCCCUGGAGUGACAGCUCAGAUGAGUGGAAGAAGGUGAGCAAGAGUGAGAGAGAGAAGCUGGGUGUCACCGUGCAGGACGACGGAGAGUUUUGGAUGACGUUUGAUGACUUCUGCCAGUACUUCACAGACCUGAUCCUGUGCCGCCUAAUCAACACCUCCUACCUGAGCAUCCACAAGACCUGGGAGGAGGAGGUGAUGAGGGGCUCAUGGGUCCCCCGCCAAGAUCCCCUGAGGAACCGCUCUGGGGGCUGCAUCAACCACAAGGCUACCUUCCUGCAGAACCCACAGUUUGUGUUUGAUGUGAAGAAGGUAGAGGACGAGGUGUUGAUCGCCCUGCAGCAGAAGGAGAGGAGAGCCACCACCAAAGAGGGCAAAGGAGAUAACCUGGCCAUAGGCUUUGACAUUCACCGGGUGGAACUGAACAGAAAGUACCGCAUGCACACGUCCCAGCAGAAGGUGGCGGGCUCCAUUUACAUCAACUCGCGCUGCGUCUUCCUCAGGAAGGAGCUCAAAGAGGGUCGCUACGUCAUCAUCCCCACGACAUUUGACCCCAGGCAGCAGGGUGACUUCCUGUUGCGGGUCUUCACCGACGUGCCUUCAGACUGCAAAGAGUUGAACCUAGACGAGCCCCCCCAGACGUGUUGGACGGGCAUGUGUGGUUACCCCCAGCUGGUCACCCAGGUCCACGUUCUGAGUGCAGAGGGACUCCAGGGCCAGGACUCUAAUGGGGCCUCUGACCCGUACGUUAUCAUCACCUGUGAGGGGGAGCGGGUGCGCUCACCGGUGCACAAGGACACACGGAGCCCAAACUUCGACGUCAAAGGCCUGUUCUACCGCAAGAAGCCCAAGGAAGGAAUCCACAUUGAGAUCUACAAUAAGAAUGUGAUUGUGGAUACCUUCCUGGGUCAGGUGACCCUGUCCAGUGACCCGAAUGACCGGCAGGUGCAGCACACGCUCCACCUGCGCGACAAGGGCAAUCGCCAAGACAACGACCUCCCAGGCACAGUCACCGUGCGCCUCAUCACCUGCACCACACUCAUCAACAUAUGACGUCCCUUCCGUCUCCGCUCUCGCCAUGGAAUGUCGGAGCUUUACCUUUGACCUUUGUCAUCAUGGCAACUCUUUACCUCCCCCUCCCCUCCCCACUACUAAACCGAGCAUGGCAAUUAACCUGUUAACCCUGGGAUCUAGCUCCACCUGACCCGGGACUCCCCUAAACAUAUACAGACACAGCUUGGUGUCUUUUUCUCUCUUUCUCUCUCUCUCUCUCUCUCUCUCUCACACACACACAUACACACAUAAUGUCUGAAUACCUGUACUUGCAUUCUAAAUAGAAGGCUGAGUAUGCGAAAAUAGAAAGUUUCAUAGUAUUUGACAAACAGUAUGCUUUAAUUGCCAGGAUGCCAUACUGAUUUCAUUUUUUCAUCUAGUAUAAUUUGCUGCACACUAUUGAGGCAGAGAAGCAUAAUUUCAGACCCACGUGUGAUUGACAACAGCUGAUAAUAAUCUAUUUAUCAGAAAAGAGGACGGGCUGUACCAAAAUGAACGAAUAGUGGGAACUAACUGAUUAGAUGACGCAUUCUCAGUGUGGGUGGGUCUAGUAUGCUGAUAUGUUCCUUACAGCGUACAUAUACUAAACAGUACAUUCUUAAUAGUAUGUAGCAUGAUUAGCACACAGUAUUUAGUUUUAGUAAGUAGUAGACAAGACAGAUUUCUGAAACAACCACACACUCCUAUCUCUCUACAUGCCUUCAACUCUCCCACACACACACAUACCUUUUAACAUGCGCCUGCACUCCCCAGUGUCACUAAGGGCUAUGCAUCGCCUUAAGGCUGAGGGGGUCUCUUUAGGACCCUGUGUCUUUUUAGGACCAGCCAUAUGUCGGGUGGGAGGGGGGUCAUGGUAUUGGGUGGUAUACUGGGACCCCUCUAUCCAUCCGAUUCGCUGAGUGUUUUUUACUCUGUCUCUUGACUGAUGUCGCAGGUCAUUGUAGUCCCAGAAAGACCCUAUUAUCAGCCGUUACUGUUUCUUCCAUCAGUGACUGGGUGUCAUUUGGGAUGCAACCUCUGUCUGUCAUCCACUUUCUAUAGUCCCCACAACACAAGCCAGCUACCAAGAAAGUGACGUCAAAAGCACCGAUGACCUCCCGUGUGGGGCUGCUGGUGUUUAUUAUGAGUGUAGCUUUGCCUCCUCCCCCUUCCAUCCCAUCCAUCCCCCUUUCCUUCUCCCACUCCCCUCGGACUACGCUUCUGCCGGUUGCCAUGGACGAUAUCGAGUUUAGCAUGGCUAAAAAAGACUGCCUGCAUCCCCCAUCCCCCUUUAUACACACACACACUCACACACACACACACACACACACACACACACACACACACACACAUACACACACACACACACACACACACACAGACACACACACACACACACACACACACGUAGCUUAGCUGUGGAGCUCCGCCUGCCAUAAUCAAGUGCUUUACGGGACCAAAGACAGAUCAGGCUUCCCCUUCUCUCUCUCUCUCUUGCCGGCGCCAGUCGCCACUGUGCCACGUCAAUCGGUCUUCUCUAUGGCAACGCCACUGCCUGACACUUCCUGAGUCCAGGGAUUCCUGUCAUGUGACCUGGGCUUUCGACUUGUGGGCCUUUGAAUCAUGUGACCCAAGAAACAGUAGCUGUUGUCCCUCUGUCUGCGUAAAUCAGUUGUGUGUGUGUGUGGAGGGGGGGGGGGGGUGAGUGUGGGUUGGGUGUGCAUGUUUGCGAACAUACAUUUAUACAUGUGUUAUGUCUGUGCCUUUGGACACAUCAUGCACCUCGCUUAGUUCUGACGGGCUCACGGGCUUGGCUGGAUAUAGGGAUGAGUGGAAGAAGAGAGAGAGCGAAGGACGGAGAGAAGAGCGGGAGGAAAUCCGUCUGUCGACUCCUGCCAAAAACAACCUGUGCCAUAGCCUUGGUCCUGGCUCUGACUCUGUUAUGAUUCUAUACUGUUCCAGAAAGAAACACAGACAUUUUGGAUUAGCAUCACUGUAAACUCAGUGCUAUUUGAAAUGGUAGAUUGAAAAGUGUGGCUUUUUGUCUUGCCAAGACUGAGAGAGACUAUGUCUUCAUACAGAACCAUCACUGGUACAAACAGUUAGCAUAUCUUCUCAUGUAGGUCAUGUCGCGCUCUUUUGACCUGCUUUCCACAGGCUAAAUAUCUCAAUCUUUGACAGUGGCAAGCGUUGGAGAUAAAAGAGAUGCAAGCCCCAUACGCUAUGUUGUCAUGUUGAGUAUCUUUUCAAAAGUGUUAUGUGAUUGCAGAGACUUUUGGAGAGCAGGAUCUGAUAGUAUGUCUGUGUACGUCUUUUUAAAAUAAUUUAUUGUUUACAGCAUCGUCGAGAGGAUCAGUCAAGAAACAACGACAGAUCCUACAUCAGUUGUGAAUCAUUCCCAAGACAUUUCUUUUUUGAAUGUAAUGCGGAGAGCAUCGACCAAUCUCUCUGUUUAUCAAACCAUCAGGCCCUUUUACUUGUUUACUUGUGUUUUUUCCAGCGCCUUUUUUUCAUUACUUGAACAACAAUGGCAUUUGUACAUUUUUCAAAACUUUUAUUGUCACAUUUGUUUAAUUAUACUGACCAAAAAUAUAAACGCAAAAUGCAAUCAUUUCAACGAUUUUAUUGAGUUACAGUUCAUAUAAGGAAAUCAGUCAACUUAAAUCAUUGGAGGCUGGUGGAGGGAGCUAUACGAGGACGGACACAUUGAAAUGGAAUGAAUGAAAUGGAGUCAAACAUGUGGUUUCCAUAUGUUUGAUGUGUUUGAUACCGUUCCAUUUAUUCUAUAGGAGCCCAUCCUCUUAUAGCUCCUCCCACCAGCCUCCACUAAUUUAAAUACAUUAAUUAGGCCCUAAUCUAUGGAGUUCACAUCUUUGCAGGGACGCAGCCAUUGGUGCGCCUGGGAGGGCAUAGGCCCAUCCACUUAGGAGUCAGGCCCACCCACUGGGGAGUCCACAAAGGGGCUUUAUUACAGACAGAAAUGCUUCUCAGUUUCAUCAGCUGUCUCGGUGACUGGUCUCAGACGAUCUCGCAGGUGAAGAAGCCAGGAGGUCCUGGGCUGAUGUACACGUGGUCUGUGGUUGUGUUGCAGGUUGGACAUACUGCCAAAUUCUCUAAAACGAUAUUGGAGGAGGCUUAUGGUUGAGAAAUUAACAUUAAAUUCUCUGGCAACAUCUCUAGGGAACAUUCCUGCAGUCAGCAUACCAAUUGUACGCUCCCUUAAAAUUUGAGACAUCUGUGGCAUUGUGUUGUGUGACAAAACUUCACAUUUUAGAGUGGCCUUUUAUUGUCCCAAGCACAAGUUUCACCUGUGUAAUGAUCAUGCUGUUUAAUCAGCUUCUUGAUAUGCCACACCUGUCAAGUGGAUGGAUUAUCUGGGCAAAGGAGAAAUGCUCACUAACAGGGAUGUAAACAAAUUUGUGCACACAAUUUGAGAGAAAUAAGCUUGGAACAUUUCUGGGAUCUUUUAUUUCAGCUCAUGAAACAUGGGAGCAACACUUUACAUGUUACGUUUAUAUUUUUAUUCAGUAUAAUGAAUGUGUCUUAGAUGUUUUUAAUCAUAUGUCCAUGUCCUUGUAUUGUUCUUCUAUUGUUACUAUUCUAUACUUCUUUAUUCUUUCUUUCUUCAAUGUGGGAAACAAACGGUAUUGUGAGAAUCAGCAUGUUUACACUAUUGCACAUCACAUCAGAAUCAUAUCAAGAGGUUUGAAAUGGUCCCUUUACAGGUACUAAUCAGUGACACCCACCAUUCAUGAUGAUAUAAGCUUUUAGUAUUAAUGAUAAUUUGUAAGUUCAAAUGACGAAAGCGCUAUUUAAAUGCUGUGUGACAUAUGUCCUUCUAUUGUGUUGAGUUGCAGACUAAGACAGAUAGACUAGUGGUUGUUAAAAAAACAUUGGGUAGUGGUAUGAUAGAUGGUUUUCGCUAAUGGUUUAAUUAAAUUGGACAGGCAUAAUACUUUAUUACUAGUUAUAAGCGCUAUGAAUCUUUUAGUUUAUAAUUUCUUGUUAUAUAAGGCUUAAAAUAGAUUAUGUCUCUAUGAAGGACAUUUUCAAGUUACUCAUAUUGACUGUAAUUUAUUCAGGAUAAUUUUGAGAUGAUAAUAACAAGACAUUAUAGAUGCUUAUGACAAGUGUUACAAUGCAUUAUAACCAUGUUAUAAAGCAUGACGAGGCUGUAUGGAAGUUGAAUUUCUUAUUGUUUACCUCAAAGUUUGGCUUUAUUGUUAGCAAUCAAUCAAUAGAUAAUCAAUUUUAAUGAUAUCACAAUCCAUUUCUUAACUCAUGAAACCAAACACCCCUUAGUUUUAGGCUAAAAAUAUCCUUUCCCUCAUGGGUGUGGGAGUGGUGUGAUCCUCUCGGUCUGAUGAGGUCAUUUCUGGGCAAUAUUUCUUCCAUUUAGGGGAUGCCUUUUGACUCAAGAUCCCCCCUAGAGGUCAAUGUUCUGUACAGCCUCUUUAAGUAAUGUGUUACAGAGUGUCUAAUGCUAUGGACGGUAUAUCAUGGUAGAGAGAGGUAGAGGUAACAGUGAUAGAGUGCCAUAGAGCAGAUGCAGGUGUGGCAGGGUUAAAAGACAUUGUGCCAAGCCAAGUAGAUUAGUCUUUCAUGGUAGGGGAAGGAGAGGUCUUCGUGCCAAAAGGGGAAUGUUUAGUUGGCUGUUGCCACGAUGUGGCAAUGUGUGCCCAUUCAGCCAGACUGGCACAGUUCUACUCGAAUCAGGGGCACCAGUGGUGGGCAAGUUGACAGCAGCAGCCAUUUUGGUUAUUUACAUUGUUGUGCACCCCACAUACAAACAAUGUCUGAAGUUGGCUAAUUAACCCAAGUCCCUAUCAUCAGCUAAUGCUGUAUUGCAAGUUCUGUUCUGACCAUAUCUGAACCAUUAUAGGCCCCAGGACCAAGGGGUUGUAUCACAUAGGGUAGAACACUGCUGGUCUUUUUAACUCAUGUGAAGUAUGUGCCACAUAUGUGCCAAAAUAGAACUGAGGAAAAAGACUGUUGUACUGUAGAGAUGUGUUUUGUUGCUUAGAGUUCUACUGUAAAUGAACUUUGUUUGCUACACUGGUGGACGUACAUGUAGCUAGUUCAACAUUGUGAGAAUUUUCAGACCUUUUACUUUCCAAUAUGCUUUAUUUUGUGUCUUUGACAAAAAUGUAUGAUGUUUGUGAUCUCAUUGCAUUCUUAUCAUUUGCCAAAAGCAACAGUCACUCAAGGUACAAUUGGUUUACCCUGGGUGGGCGGAGUGUCAAUUCACUGAUCUGGUUGCCUGGUUAGCAUUGUUGUAUGGGUUUUCUGAUGGCCCAUGCCAAAUGUUUCUAGUACAAAAAAACACAUCAGAACAUUCAGAACUUUGGCCAGUUUUAUAUCAAGCCAAUAACACCGACGCAUGUAGCAAACGACUUCAAAUCAGCACAGUUUGAUUUUCAAAGAUAAUAUAUUUUUUAUUCAAAGUGUUGUAAACAUUGUUACUACUUUGAUACAGCUUAUGUUGCAUAAUUGCAUGUAUUUGACAGAUUCUGAACAUUUGAAUUCAGCAUUCUAAACAGUAUGUACUGUAUAUGAAAGUGGCAGCAACCAAAGUGUUUGUCCACUACUGUGACAGAUGUAGAUAGGGUGUUCGUGUUUGUCACAAUAUAUCACCGAACCCAAUAACAAUAUCCCUAUUGGAAGAGAUUGUUAUGCACAUGUUAAGGAUAGGAUCAUUAAACUACUCCUUCUAUUUCAGAAAACAUGUCCCCUUCUGCACUAUCACAAGGUCUGCGUCUUACAGGACAACGUUUCGAAGGCCACGAGCACUAUCCCACUUCUGACACCAGUUUGAUAAACUUGGAAGUAGUGCUAAGUCCCUAGCAGGCUGUAAACUCUGUAAACUCUGAGUUUAAAGACAAGCACCCAAUCCACAAUCACAAUAGGGAUAUCCCAUUUGGGAGGGAUUGUACAAUAUAUUCCAGACAUUUAUUUCAGAGGUAAGAGCAUAAUAGUUGAGAGACAUUUAAGGCAAUAUUCCGUGACAAUACUUGUAAGAUGGAUACUUAUCUAGUUACGUUUUUAAACAAACAAUGUUUCAUCAUUGUUGGACAUGGACAACCUGAAAAAUGUGAGGAAUACUGAAAACGUAUGAUUGCAGAGUCUUUGUGUGUUCACAAUUUAUUUUGAUUGUGUGUUUUUAUUAAAGCCUGUGUAAUGGCAAAACAGUACUUUAUAUGUUUCAGUUGAACACAUACGUCAACAUGGUGCAAUGAUUUACAUAGGUUAGCUCGUUUAGCUAGCCUUGGAGCUGCCUUGAGCUCGUUUGCCUGCAUACUGCUGCAUGUUAAGGAUAUUGGUCAUGAAACUUCAUUAACGGUUGUGCCAGGUGUUACAUCAUCUUUACGAUAGCAUAAUGUAUACUGUAUGACAAUGCUGACUCAAAUUUACCAAGACAAGUGACACCUGUGUUCUUAACAUUGGCGGCCAUGUUUUCCAAUAUGGAGUCUGAUGCGUUUGACAAAUGAGCUUGUGAUUCUCUUGUACUUUUCUGCCAAUGUUUAUUAAUUUGAGACUAGAAUAUACUGCAUGGUGAAACUUAUAGAAGAUACUAUGGUCUUUAUAACAAGUGUCUUUUAUUAUCAAUAUUUUGUACUCUUGCUAAUUUUAUAUAUCCACUUAACCUUGUGUUCUCUACGCUUAUAUGUUUACUAAUAGCUAGACAUUGAAAGGCUGUAUCUUAUGUACUGUAUGUUUGUCUGUGUGUCUUUUUUUGUUACCGUAUGCGUUUGUUCGAUUUGAUUCUCAGUUACACUGUGGUUAUUUUAUAGUUAUUUUACAGUGAUCUGAAAAUGAUUUAUUUUCAUUUUGUAUUUUAUGUCAACUUGUGGCAUGACUUUCAAAUAAAAGAUGAAACCUUA